UUGACCAAAUAACAAGAAAUAGAAAAACUCGAGAGAGCUCAACUCAGUCGCCGGAGCUACGAGAGGUAUAAUACGAGACGAAUGGCGAAGCCGGCGAAGAGACGGGACCGUCGCGCUGCACCGAGCUCCGCUUCGGCGCAGCACCGAAAAGCACCCGGCGCAUCCGCCGACCAGGACGUGCUGGGUGACUCCGCCUCAGAUCGCAGGCUCAUUCUCAUCUUCGUCGUCUUCUUCGUGCUUUCUCCCGCCGUCGCCGUGCUCGUGUACCGUCUCAAGUACGCUCCGGGCACGGAGGCCCCAAGCUCCGCUGCACGAGGAGGAGGAGGAGGAGGAGGGUUUGUCAAGACCGAUGCGACUUACCAAGAAGUUCUGGCGGAGAAUUCCAGGGUCGCCGAGAAUGCCUCCCGACGGAAUUUCGGGAAUCCGGUGCUUGCUUACAUCACCCCAUGGAACUCAAAGGGCUAUGAGAUAGCAAAGCGGUUCAACUCCAAAUUUACACAUUUGUCACCUGUGUGGUAUGAACUCAAAAGCCAAGGAAGAAGCUUAACCUUGGAUGGGAGACAUAAUGCUGAUGCGGAAUGGAUCUCAGAGCUCAGAACGAAAGGGGAUGCUCAGGUUUUACCUAGAGUUGUUCUGGAAGCACUUCCUACAGAGCUGCUUAGGAAGAAGAAGCAGAGGGCUAAAGCUAUUCAGCUGAUAGUUACAGAGUGCAAGGAAAUGGGCUAUGAUGGCAUUGUGCUAGAAUCCUGGUCAAGGUGGGCUGCUUAUGGGAUCUUAGAUGAUCCAGAUUUGCGGACUAUGGCACUCCAAUUCGUACAAGCACUUGGACGUGCACUUCAUUCUGCCAGCUUGGAUAGGAAUGGGGGGCAAAACUUGCAGUUGGUCUAUGUAAUAGGUCCCCCACGUUCGAACAAGCUAGAAACGCAUGACUUCGGGCCAGCAGAUCUUCGAAGCUUGGACGGUGCUGUAGAUGGCUUUUCUCUUAUGACCUAUGACUUUUCAGGCCCUAAUAAUCCUGGUCCUAAUGCCCCUUUGAAGUGGAUUCAUUCCAUAAUGCAGCUGCAUCUAGGUACUGGUGGGGAUAAAGGACUUGCCCGCAAAAUAUUUGUUGGUCUCAACUUCUAUGGAAAUGAUUUUGAACUUUCCGGAGGUGGUGGAGCAAUUACUGGAGCAGAUUACUUGUCUUUGCUGGAAAAGCACAAGCCUUUACUGCGGUGGGAAAAGAACAGUGAGGAGCACUUCUUCGUGUACACUGAUCAAAACAGUGCCCAACAUGCAGUUUUCUACCCAUCAUUGAUGUCAAUAUUCCUCCGCCUAGGGGAAGCACGUCAUUGGGGAGUGGGCAUCUCAAUUUGGGAAAUAGGGCAAGGACUUGAUUACUUUUAUGAUCUUCUUUAGAACCUUGGCUUCACAGUUUUGUAGCCUGAUUCUUGAAAGAGGUAACAACAGCUCACAACCAUGCCAUCGCAAUCCGAAAGGCGCAAAAACAGGGAAGAGACAUUACAGAAUCAUCAUUCUCAAUAUGCAAGCUCAUAUUGUUACAAUGGCUUAAGAUUCAGUUCCCCUUAGUUCAGCAAUCUUCUUUCCUCAUACAUUUUUCCCGUGACUAUUCUAGUUGUGCAACUGCCAAGCGAGUGCUGCUGCUUCAGAUUAUGCGCAGAUGAGUGAUUUCUGCUUGUGCUAUCUACCUAGUGAAAGAGGCCAGAUAUUGUAACAAAAAACACAAGGAAAGCAAGAAUCCAGGUUACUGCAGAAGCUUACGGCAUCAAUAAUAAAACGUUGUUCUAGAUUGUGACAAGUAGCUCUUGCCUUUGUUUGGGCGGAUGACAACAUGAAUGAACCUGCUAAAGAAAGCCUUCCCCGUUCAUUCUUUUUCUGAAGUUUUGAGGACGGUGCUCUUCUUUUUCUUGUGUCCCAAAUUUGCCCUUUCAUCUUCUUAUGUGGCAAUUUCAGUAGACAGGUGAUUUUUGUUCUUUUGAUAACUUGUUCUAGGUGUAUGUUGUCUUAAAUACCUAAUGUUUUCCACUAUAAGUACAUUAUUACUGAAGAUAUCAAUUUCUACGAAAGGUUUGGAGACUCCA